AUGUACGCCAAGGCUCUUUCUCUCCUCAGCAUCGCCGGCCUCUCGGCCGCAUCUCCUCUGGCCGCCAGACAGUCCACCAUUGUCGAUGGCACACCCUUUGGCCUGAUGGCUCUCCGCUCCGCCAGCGAGGUUCACUUUGCUCAGUUUGACGCCGCUCUGAGCUCCAUCUUCCUCAACCUGCCCGCCCAGAACGCUUCGUGCGACAAUGGCGCCGCCGACUCGGCCACUUUCUACCUCAACGAGGGCGGCCUGUACCUGUACGCCGAGAGCGCCACGCCCCAGCAGGCCUUUGUCGACCGCUCGGGAAUGGGCCAGGGCAAGUUUGGCUACACCACGGGCGCCCAGCCCGUCGUCCGCAACGGCGAGCGCGUCAACUUUACCCUCGACGCCACCGGCGACCUCACCUUCAACGGCGCCGGCUUCCUCGCCUGCCCCAACAGCAUUGACGGUGCCUGGAGCGUCUGGGUCGACGCCGGUGUCUCGGAGCCCGCCGGCAACUCGGGCUGCCUGGGCAUCUCGGUCCGCGCCGUCGAGGUCACCGAGCCCAACGGCUGCAGCUACACCCAGUAA